AUGCGGGAGUACAAAGUGGUGGUGCUGGGUAGCGGGGGGGUGGGGAAGUCCGCCCUGACGGUGCAGUUCGUCACCGGGACCUUCAUCGAGAAGUACGACCCCACCAUCGAGGACUUCUACCGCAAGGAGAUCGAGGUGGACUCGUCCCCUUCGGUGCUGGAGAUCCUCGACACGGCGGGUACCGAGCAGUUCGCCUCCAUGCGCGAUCUCUACAUCAAAAACGGCCAGGGCUUCAUCCUCGUCUACAGCCUGGUCAACCAGCAAUCCUUCCAGGACAUCAAGCCCAUGAGGGACCAGAUUGUCCGGGUGAAGAGAUACGAGAAGGUUCCUCUGAUCCUAGUGGGCAAUAAAGUGGAUCUGGAGUCGGAGAGGGAGGUCUUAUCUGCAGAAGGCAGAGCCCUGGCUCAGGAGUGGGGCUGCCCCUUCAUGGAGACAUCAGCCAAGAGCAAAACGAUGGUGGAUGAACUGUUUGCUGAGAUUGUCAGACAAAUGAACUAUGCCUCCCUGCCUGAGAAACAAGAUCAGUGUUGUACAACUUGCAUCGUCCAGUGAGAGAAACUAAGGAAAACCUCAAUCAUGGCCAUACAGAGCAGAUAUAAAACUCAGAGGAAACUUGCACAGAUGCUGCUUUGGAGAACUUUCAGCCCAGGUUGCAGAGCUGAGCCUUGGUAAACCUGUCUCUAUUACAGCACAUUUGCCAUCCAUCUUAAGUGCAGAAUAAGGUUGGUGGCCUGCAGGAUCCACACACCUUAACCAGAAUGCUUAGCAUGUUUACCAUAAGUUUAAAAACCUCUUCUUUCUCUAUCAGUCCUUUUCUAGCUUUCUAAGUUCAUCUAAUG